UUGCUUGAGGUGAUGUUGGAUGUGGAAAUGAGUAAAGAGGCUGUAUGUAGACUGGAAAUGACUAUUGAAGAGGGCAGUGAGCCUGUAGAAACUGACACUGAAGCACAGGCACCUCAUAUCCCAGAUGUAAAUGUAACAAGCCACCUUGACAAAGCUUUCUCUGAGUGCGUCGCGCUUAGUAAGACUCACAGGACAAGCCGGAAGGGACCACCACCUGAAGUGCCUCCAAGAGUGCCUGCGGGAGAAAUGAACGGGAUUGAACCUGUGGGGCAGAGAACUAUUGAGUGUGCUCACUUGGUGGCUGAGUGGCAUCUGCGUCGAGGCUCACCCAUCAUAGCUGCUUGUGCCUUACUUGCUGUGGAUGAUGUCAAGGGUUCUCUGUCGAUGCUCCUUCGAGGACAUGAAUUAGAACUAGUUGUCGCUGUGGGCAAACUCAUAUGCACAGACCCUUCAGCCAACAAUGACUCCUGUGCAUUUGAUACUGACAUCCCAGCAAUUCAAGGACUAAUAGCAACAGCCAUGCGCUACCUUACUUACCGAGCUGUGAGGCUCCUGCUCUGGGAUUUGGCUGUUGAUUUGGCCAAUACACUCCCACAGGGAACCAACCGAACAAUCCUGCUGGCGGAAGUACUAAUUGCUUUCGUGGGAGGACAUGAAGAACGAGAGAGCCUCUACACUCGAGCUGGCUUCCCAUCACCUGUAGAGUGCCCGGAAAAAGCCAUCGGAUCAAUACUAGACCAAGUCUUGUACUUACUCCUGUCGACCCAACCUUACAAAGGACUGAACAAAGCCUUGGAAUUCUUGCAAGACCAAAUUGUGGGAGGAAACCUUGACAGAGAGAGCGUAUGGUAUGUCCUGCGUCUGGUCCAGGCCAUCCCACUCACUCAGAAUGCAGCUCAGUGGAUGGUUCGGGCUGACCAGAAAGCAGGACUACUUGCAAUAUCAGCUUAUCUGGGUGCAAUUCGUGCAGCUGGAUUGGAAUAUGGCUCAAUUGUGUUAUAUCUCCUGAGCCAUGCAAGUUAUCUGUUGGAGAAACACAGGCCUUCAGGUUACGGAUUCCUGGCAGAACAUAUAGAGUCGGCACGUAUCAAAAUGGAGGAGGGAGAUACUGACUGGGAUUUGAAUGUAGGAGAAAAUUUAGAAUUAUGGAGCGAUUUCAAAACCAGUCGGGUCAGCGGCUCACACCUCCCCAGGCAUUCAGAUGCCCAGACUUGUUGCAUAACCAAUACUAUAAUAAAGGGUCCGAGCUACUUCCUCGAGAAUGGCGAAUCUGUGAUGGGUCUCAACGAUGCUCUGAUGUGGGCCAAGGUGCACCCUUUCUCCCCUCUGGGAUCUGGCUGUCGUCUCAAUCCAUUCUGAUCCUCAGGAGGAAUGUAGUUCUUAUCAUGCUUUCUCAUGGUAGAGGGGGUGUGCGAUGAAAUGAGAUUGACGCAAAGGAAAGAUUCCGUCUGGGAUUAACUUUGAAGUGCCAUGCCUAUGUGUUGUUUGGAUAUUCAUUAUUGUUACAGUUUUUAGAAUUAUUAUUACUAUUAUUAUUAUUGUUAUUUUUAUCAUGAGAUUUCUUUUUACAUACUUGUUAUUCUUACUGCUACUGUUAUCGUCAGUAAGAAUGUUAUUUUCUAGGAAUAUUUUAGGAAAGAUAAUGUUGAAAAAUUACUCUAGUGUUGCCCUGAUGAAUAUUUUUCCGCAUCUUAUUAUCAUCGAAUUAUAUUUUUCGUUAUAUACCUGGGAUUAGCUUUAUGUAUCAUGAAUUAGGUAUUUUGAGAGUGAUUAAGGUAAGUCUUAGUCUACAGUAGAUGGAAAGUCUACAGAAAAUUUAGGAUACUGAUCCCUGUGGAUACUAAGGGUUGUUUGCCAUAAGGUUUAACAAACAAUAUCUUUUACAGAGAUAUAAAAUUAUGAGGGUAUAUUUGCAUAGCAAACAAACAAUAGCAGAGCAAGAAAGAUUUGUUAAAGAAUAAAACUAAUCUACUCUAUUUAUAAAAAA